AUGUCAACAUCAAACUCAACGAAUCGGGUCAGUCUAAUUGAUGUCAUUAUCUUCGGCGGCCUAGAAUCUCUUGGAAUAUGUGCAAUUCUGGGCAAUUUGGCGUUGAUCAUAGUGCUCCUCAACAACAAGUACUUGCAUCGUGCCAGGUACUCUUUUUUCAAAAUUUUUAAUGUGACGACCCAAAUAGAGCACAGUAAGUGUUAUGUCGAAAAAGAUGGAGUGGGUGGGUGCGAUAUUGAGAUGAGAAGAUGAAAUCGGAUAUCGUUUUGAACAGCAAACAUAAAAGACGGGGGGAAGUUGCGCAUUGUCCCACGCAAUAGAAAAUUUGCACUUUGUUUGCACGCCGGGCGUUCCGUUUUCUUAAAAAUCCGAGAAGAGGGGUUUAGAAGCACAACACACUGAUUUUGAUGAGAAAAAAGAAAGAUCUAAUAGUUUUUGGCAACACAAAAUCCGAUUCUUUCCACGUUCUAGUACAUUUUGAGAAUGCAGAGCCAACUAAGGCAAGUAAAAGAUAUCGUAUGUGUGAGUUGUGUAAACUAGUAAGAAAUGUUCAUUUACCUUCUUUGUCCAGCAAACCAAGGCAUUCAACAAAUUUGUUUACCCAGUGCAAGCCAAUUGUUAGCAAAACUUAGAGCCGCUGGUUUUCAGCUUUCAGCCAGACUAAACGUGCUAACAAAAUAGGUUUGCGACAACUUGAAAACAAUAUUGCAAGUUUGGCAGAUUUUGAAUAAGGGAACAGGGACCGCUGAAAAAAACGGAAAAUAUAAAAAUGAUAUGGCAUGACAAUAAAUUCGGUUGCAGUUUCAUCCUUAUGCUCAAUUUGGCGAUUGCUGACGUCAUCCACGGCUUUGUGACCACGUGCCACUUCUAUCCUCCCAUCCUUCUCAAAGAAAUGCACAUCGGAGAGCUCGCCGUCCGCCUGUUCAACAUCGCCGACUGGACCGCUUGGGCAAUAACACUGACGUAAGGAACGAAAUUUAUGACCCGAGAUCGAGAUGCCCAUUUAUUUUAUUCCAAGCUCGACUUUUGAUCUGAUGUUAUCCGAGUUUUAGUUCCAUUAAAUUGCGAUGAGUUGUUUCGAAAUCGGGCAUAAGACUUUUUCGAAAGCGGGGAGAAAUGAAAUGAGAUGAAGUUUUCUAAGUAUGAAAUUAUACAUUCAAGCUCUAAAAAAACUCUCCUAAAGUUAGGUGAACUUCGUAAAUUGUAAUUUCAGUCACAUGUCCGCCAUCUGUCUCGACCGUCUCAUCGCAAUCAUCCUUUACGGCCGCUACAACGUGCUUGUGACGGUGCAACGCAUCAAAAAUUUCAGCAUUUCAUGCUGGGUGCUUUUUCUGAGCACCAACGUGACGUUGUUCUUUGUGCAAGCGUGUUGCAUGAUCAGACCGUUGGAGACUUUGAACUACUACAGCUUUGGAUACGUCGAGACAAGUGGGCGUGACUCUUUGCAGCAUGUGGAACCAAUUUUUUGCAGAGCAAUUCAAUGUCUACGUGCUCACUUACACGCCUGUCGAGAUUCUCACCAUUUUGAUACUUUCCUUCAGCAAUCCCAUCACUCUAGUUCAACUUUAUCGCCGUCACAAACGGAAAAUAGCGUUGAGACAGUAAGUUUGAGUACAGUUCUUCCUACAAAUGUGUUUUCUUCUUCUAUCGAGCUCAACUCGCACUUUUCUUCCACUCAUUCCGCCUAAUCUCACCAUUUUUUCUUCUUUAAGCAUCAACUCAAUUUCGAGCACUUUUUAUUCUGAAAAAUCAGCGUUUUUCUUGAUCUGCAUGGUGUUCUUGCACUUUUUACUUGAACAACUUGAAACUAAAAGUUUUGGUGAUUUAUUUUGUUCUUUAAAAUCUAACAAUAGCUUUGGCCAAGUUCUUUUUUGACCAUUCAUCCCAAUUUUGCACGAGAGAGUGCAGUGCGUUGUUAUUCAGGCAAGGAACCACAAAAAGUGUGUCGACUUCGUCUUCGUCGCUUUUGAAGCAGCAGCGAUCACAGUGGCAACGGUGAGUGUACAGUAAGCCCCGCUUGAAAAAAAGAACACGUUUUGAACUGAUAAAAAACUAUUUUGGCGCUCCAGUGAGAACUUGUGAUUGUUCGGAGUGGUCUUUCUCCCUAUCCUCGACUCGUUUUUUUAUGUUCUCAUCUGAUGAGAAAUUCGGUUUUCCAUUGCUAGAUAUUCUUGGGAUUCUUUGGAGGUGCUUGUGGAAAUCUUAAGUUUUGUUCAGUUCUCUGGAUUUGAUAGAAAAUAGAAAGAAAAACUUGAACACCGUCUCAACAUUAGCUACAUAAUUCAAUUGAAAUGUUGUUUCUUCUCCUUAAAAUUCUUGCUUUGUCGCAGAUUUUGAUACUGAAUCCAUAAUUCAUAAUAUUCUUGAAAGCCCCGAAACCAUCAAACUAUUCAUCAAAACAGUUGUCCAUAGUUUCCUUGCCAUGACCGAGUACAUACAUAGUUCCGGAACGUCUAGUCUAAGAAUCAAGUAGCAAUAUUGCAGGAAUGUCAGAAAACGCGACUCAAAUGAUCAAUCGAAACUUUUUAGGUUGCGUUCAACAUUCACUUCUCCAUCUAGAAUAGUGUUAGUGUACAUAAAUCCGCGGCGAGCAGAAUUGUAACGACAUCCCGCAUGCGUUCUAACGGAUUUCAAUUUAUUAACUAACUUUAAGAAGCAUGCAUUUAUCUGUCGUUUUUUUUCUAGAUUUUCAUGACCUGGCAUGCUUGGAACUGGAAUGAUUCUCAUACUCACCGCUUGCAAGUUCCCCCACACCCGCACUCACUUUUCAUAACCAUACAAUAGCUAAUCCACACAUCACUCUCUAUUCAUUUCUCUCUAUCUUUUCAGUUUCUCGGCCACAUCGCUUUCUCGCUAUCUGUAGUCAAAAACGUACUCUUAGUUAUUAUAGAUGUUCAGGAGAAGUGAUAGAACUUCUCCUCAUCACUUUAGAUCGGAAAAACUAAUUUUAGAAGUUACAGAGCAAGUACCAUGCUUCUGGAAAUGUCUAUGAAAAUGGGAAGUAAGCAGAUUGGAAGUGAUGUGAGAGAAAUGGCGGCAAGGCGUUCAAAUCGACAGCAACAACGAAUUCUACUACAGGUCAGUGGCACUUGAAACUUUCAAAAUUAACAAACUACUUCAGAUUACUGUAGUCGCCCUGAUUUUCUACGCCUACAUGUCUGCCUACUACGUUUCCUACUACAGUCGCUUCCAAUCAAUUGCCGUCAUGAUCUUCAAUAGUUAUUUCUACUCGAUCACACACAUGAUCAAUCCGGUCAUCUAUUUUUCUUUGAAUAAGGAAAUGAGAUCGCAGCUGAAGUAUGUAAACUUGUCGAAAAGUCACUAGUAUUUGUAUGAUCUGCUUUCAGAGAAGCUUUUGUCGACUUCCGAAAACUUUUCGAUUGCAAGAAGAAGGAUCCAUACGGAUUUGCAAACAGUUCCACCAAAGUCAAUCAUAGCACAAAAAUGACGUGCGUUUCUCACAUCACUUUUGAUAAAAAUAUAAUAAUAUGGAAAACAUUUCAGAAUGGUCAGAGCCCAAAGCACUUCCUGCAGUGAGACUUCACCUCUUUUCUCCUCCAACACCCAUUACAAGUGAGCAAAUCAGCCAGUUUUCGGAUGAAAUAAUAAUGUUGUGUUCAGAUCCACGUGUGCCACUCAGAAAAACGAGGAGAGAUCGUUGGAUUCGUUGGAGGGAAGUAGCACUGGAAAUGAGUCGGCCGAGAUUCGGGCGAUUGUUCAGAAUGACGACCCUUGUAAGCUGUAAACGGUGUCCGAAGUGUGAUAUUGUGCCUCAAUUUGAUAGUUCACAUAGUGUUCCGUCUUGUUAUAAGUUUGUUCUUUGAUCUCUAUGUCUUCGUAGACAUUCCGUCCCAAUACCAUGAAAUCUUUAAGAGAAGAGCUUGCAACAAAGUUUUCUAAAAAUGAUUCACAAACCGGUCAAAAUCCUGUGUGAGCUUUGUGGGUUGCCGUUCCGAUUAAUGGAACCUUUAUGAGAAGUUUACUCUAUUCAGAUUUCUGGGUACCAUAUCAUUCUUAACUGCGUUUUUGAACCCGGUUGGUGCAGGAUCCCAAAAAUAAGACCCCGUAACCUGAAUUGAAACGGAAGGCUGUUAGAAGAUUCAAUAAUAUUCUCACACUUUCCGGUCAGAGUAACCUUCCUCAUUCUUCAAACUUUGCUUCUUUCCUAUGUAUUCCGGUUGUCUGACUUCAACUGUAAAUAAAUUAUCAUGUUGUGUUGUUCUGUUUUAGACCUAUCAACCCCGAAUUCCAGCCGACCAAUGUUCACUGCCCAAAUCCGACAUUUACAUGACUCCGCCAGUGGAAAUGGCGGCUAACAAGAUGGGCGCAAAAGAAAGAUCCACUUUUAUAAACCAACUUGUCUCGGUAAGCCAAUGUCAACCUCCCUGCUAAGUUUUACAAACUCAAUUGGUUUAGGCAUUGCAAUACGCGAGUAACAAGUCAUUGGCUUCGUCGGUGAAAGGACAAAACGGGAAGGAGGAUGAGGAGGAGCGAGAACAAUUGCAACCGGCCCAAGUCCUGAGGAAAUUGGACAAAUCGGCGACCACAAAUGACAUCAGCAGCAUGAUCAAACAACGGUUCUUGAAAGAAAACAACGUCAUUUCUUGAAUCAAGGGAUUGUUUUUAUUUCAGAUAUAUUCGCUUCUCCAACACGCUUCAAGUGAUCUCCAAAGACUCAAUCGAUAAUUUUAUUUCUGAAAAUCACAAGUUAGUUUUUUAAUUUCCGACACUGUCAAUGAAAAAUGUUGUGUUCCAGAUACGUGUCAAUGGGUAGUUUGGAACGGAGCUGUCUUUUGAAUGACAUGUCUGGAAAUAGUGAUUCCACGAGCACCACUAUUCAAAAAUCUGUGACAAGGUAUGUGGAGUGGAUGUUCACGUGGAAACAUGUAUUUUUUCCUGGAAGUAAGAAGUUGUGGUCCAUACGGUCUUUCCGGCCCCCCAUCCCUUUUUCUAAUUGCUAGAUGAUCCGAGCGGUCUGAAACUUUCACCCAAGAUACUUUUAUCUGAGAAGCCUGCAAAGUUUACUACAAAAGAUUUCUAACUUGCUUCAAAAACAUGUUUUCAGAUCCCAGUCCUCAUCGUCGAACAUGUUCCGUGGUAGCAUGACCAACUGCAAUGGUGACACCGGUCUCCUUCUCGACGACGAAAUCGAGACCGAUGAUGAAAUCGCUUACCUCUAA